UGACUGGAAGAAGAGGCGGUGUUAGACCAGCGGCAUGAUGGGAUAUGAGAGUCCUCCGGUGGCGCGCUGCCGCCAUGUCACCUAGAGAGAAACAUUUAGCGCUUCUCUCAGCUUUAGGCGUGCUCGGCUUUGCUCUUUACUACAGCCCUUCUUUUCUUUACGCCACUCUAAUUCUCGCCGUUUGUUGCGUUGUGUGUUACUAUCACAGCGGAGAGCCGCUUCCCGCCAGGUUAGGUUUGAAUCCGCGGGCUGGGCCUAACGUGCCGGCCGUGCUCCGGCGCUGGUUGUGGGGCUUCGGGGUGACCGGCGUGUCGGUGCCCGCGCGGGGGAGGACGAACACUAGUAACAAAACCGAGCACCGGGAACCGGAGGGACACUUUAGAAAGAGGUUCGCCGAAACUGGGAUUUACAGGAGGGAGAGCUUGGAAAGUGACUCCUUUCUUUUCAGCCCUCGGGAUUUCCUCAUGGGGAGUUACAUCGGGAAACCCGAAAGUCCAACCGCGGACCCCGGGAGGCCGAGGACAGGGAGAAACCCCCGAGAACAACUGCGGGAGAAGCUGUCCAGACCCAACCAUGCUGUCUAUACCCCGAACAGGAGGCUGUCAUUCGCUGGGGAGCCACUGGGUGCAGUGGGCAGGUUCACUAUCACCCCGCAGCGUCACUACCCCCUGCAGCAGCCAGGUGUGUCAUCAGUGGGAGUCCUACCUCCUGUCAAGUGGGAUGGCUUCAGGAAGAAAAACAUCCUCAGCCCCCGCAACUCCCCGGCUGCCCUCAGCCCGGUCACUGUGAAGAUCGCAAGGCCUGACCACCACAGCAGCCCCAGUUUCGACCAUCUGAGUUGUGCAAGCCUCCCCAGGGCCCCAGCAGACCCCUGCUCCAGAGAAAGUGUCCUCAAGGUGUUGAAAGAAAGCCGCAAGAGAGAAGUGGAGGACGAGGAGUUAAACUUCACAACUGAGCAGAGAAGCAAAAGAAGGCGUAACGACAGCGGUGGGAGCGCACACUCUGCUUUUGGGCCCAUUUUACCCAAUGGAACACCAUCGCAGCUGGUCCCUAAGCCAGGAAGCCUGAAAAGAGGGAUGGCCUCACUGAUGGAGGAGUCCAUCAUGAAGAGGUCUCGCACAUCCUCCAUCAGCUCUGGCAGCGGCGCCCAUGCCCCGAGAGGAACCCCAGGCACCGGGAGAAACCCCAUCCACAGCUCCUACAGCUCUACACUAGGCCUCAGCCAGAGGAAGAAACGGUCAGCACCCAGCUCCCCUCUGUCCAGCCCCGGAUCAUCUCGUUCUCAGACUCCAGAUGGAGCCUCCAAAAGACAGAGAGAGGACGACGGGCAGUCUCCCAGCUCAGCAUCCUCCGUGAGGUCAAACCAGGCAGCUUCAGAAAAAGCACCUGUUACUUCCAAAUUGACUCCAGUCCCCAAGGUCCCAGUCACUACCUCAGCGGACUCUACCGGUAGUGGUGGGAAGAGAAAACGGAAGAUCCAGCUGGUUUCCAGCCACAGAGACGAUCAAAUCUCUCUGCCCCCGCCCCCAGAGCUGGGCUACGCUAUCACUGUGAAAGACCUAGAUGAAGAGAAAAAGGCUGCCAUAAGCAAGAUUCAGAAGGUCCUGGAGACACCUGCUCCAGAGCCAGAGAAAUCUGUCUCUCCCCCAGCCACCACUUCCACCCAGCUUCCCUCCACCAUCAGCUCUACUAGCACCACCACCCUGAGCAGCCUCCUGGCAGCUCCUCUGCCCACAGCCUCCAGCUCUGCCAUCCCAGUCAUCAACCUGGAUCCCAGCCCCGCCAGCAGUGUCAGCACAGCACCUGCAGCCUCCAACCCACUGCUGGAGGCACUGAAAAUGAAGAGCAGCAUUCCUGCGAGCUCCACAUCUGUUGCAAACACGACUACAGUGUCUGCAACCACACCGGUACAACCCAGCGGCUUAAAUCUGAAGGCUUCGACUACAGUGGCCCCACAGCUCCCACCUGCCUCCCAGUCUCAGUCCUCCUCUGCUGGUGGGGAGCAGCCCUCUGCCUUUACUCAGGUGCUGGGUCAGGUCACCAAGGCUUCCAGUGGCACUCCACCUGUAGCAGGAGCAAGCCUGUUUGGACUGGCGAGCCAAAUCAAUACUCCUACUGCUUCUUCAGCCUCUAACCUGGUCACGGCUACUGCCCCAGCUAGCAGCUCAGGGCCAGUAAGUAACACCAACCCUCUGCUGACUUCAGGGUUCAAGCCCAUCUUUGCUGUCACCACCACCUCCUCCUCAGCUACAUCAAUCCCAGAGAGCAAACCUUCUGUCCAAAGUUUCAAGCCCAUCUUUGGAGCCACCACUGCCGGGUCUGGCUUUGGACAGCCUUCACCCCUUACCACCACCAACCCAGCCUCCACAGCUUCUUUAAGUAGUACACCCUCACUGUUUGGAUCAACAAGCAGCACCACAGUUGCCCCCUCCAUUUUUCCUGGCAUGACCAACGCCCCCACUGGCACAGCCUCCACUGGCUCCAUCACCACCACACAGCCUGCAGCCCAGCCAGUUGUGAAAUCCCUCUUUGGAAGUACCACCGCAGCUUCAGCGCAGGCCCCUAAUACAGGGAGCACGUUUCAGUUUGGAACUGCUACCACCACCACUGCAGCUGCCCCUGCCCCUGCCGCUGCCACCACAACCUCCAGCAACAGCGCCUUCGCAUUUGGUGCUACACAGCCAGACCCUCAAGGUGCCAACACGAAGGUAUUCGCCUUUGGCCAAACAGCACCCAGUCAGAACACAACCACUGCUUCAUUUGGAGGCUUUGCCAUGGCCAGCACAGCCUCCACCACUGCUGCCGCCACCACCCAGUCCACGUUCACCUUUGGAAAGUCAUCGUUUCAAGCGCCAGCGGCUCAGUCAACCUUCGGAUCCACAGCAUCAACGGCAGCAACAGCACCACCACCACCAAAACCAUUCACUUUCGGAGGCAGCGCAGCGUCAUCCACGCCUGCAUCUAACACCCCCCCACCCCCUUUCCCAUUUGGGUCAGCUGCUGUCUCCACAGCAACCAGCUUCGGGACCCCAGCUAAACCAGCGUUUGGAGCCAGCUCCUCUGGUUUUGCUUUCGGUGCCACCACUGCCCCGUCAGCUGCACCCUCAGCUGCACCGAGCUUUGGUGCAUCAACGCAGACUCAGAGCUCCUCCACAGGCACCUUCACAUUUGGCAGUGCUGCUCCUCAGCAGGCUCCCACUGGUCCUGCUCAGCCUGCUCCCGGUGGAUUUAACUUUGGAGCUGGUAUGCCAUGUCCCCAGUUUGGAACACCAGUCUCCAAUAAUCCUGCACCACAGAUGGGAAGCUUCAAUUUUGGGGCUGCUGCUAAUGACAAACCAGCUUUUGGGACGUCUACCCCAUCCUUUGGCCAGAGUGCUGCUGUAGGUCCAAUUCCCUUUGGAAGUCCUGGAACUCCAGUCCAAGGCUUCAAUGCUGUUCCUUUUGGGUCUCCAGCAACUCCUUCCUUCUCUAUUGGAGCCGGAUCAAAACCAUCUGGAGCAAGACAGAGGCUGCAGGCACGGAGGCAGCACAACAGGAAGAAGUAGCCUGCUACACGUGUCCAGCACCGCUUUUCAGAGGACUUCAGCUGUUGCUGCUAUGGCUAAUCUGGCUAACACUGCUCUGUUCUAAGCCCAACAACCCCCCCCCCAAACCAUGGCUGCCAUCAUGCCACCAUGCCCUCUGCUUCCUUCCCCUCCUCCAGUGGGUUGUGCUGGCCCGAAACAUUGUGUGUAAUGCAGAGGAGUUAGAAAGAGCACACCAGCUUGCUGAGUUCAUGCUGCCUGGAUGGCUACAUGACCCAGUGAGGGAAUGUAGCAGCGAGGAGACAGAAUCCAUAACAAUGUACUAUACUUGAAGAUGUCGGAAAGACUGUUGAAUAGUGUGAUUCUGAGUCAAAGCAUAUCCGAAGUUCUCUUUCCUUUACAGUAUGUGGACACUCCCAUUGGUUUGUCUUAAGGAGAAAGUCGAGUCAAGCAAAGACGUGGGGCCUUUGGCUCAAACAUUUAUUUUUUUACGUGAAGCUCACUGGUUUGUAUGUUACCGAAUAUUUGAGUACAUUAUCUGAAUGAGUGGAAUGCACAGUUUGGUUCAGAUGAGGUACACAACACUGCAGUGUAAAUGUAAAGUUAUGAGACGCAUUUUAAAUUAUUUUUUUAAUUGGCUUUCUGACCCUGUAAAUGAAUGACGUGUUUCUGCACUUAAAGGGCAACUUAGUAAAUGUCUUAAUGUAGGUAGUGCAGACCCUUGUGUUCUUGUUUCAUACUCUGUCAUUGCAAGCAUUCCCAGAGUCCUCCUGUGGAUGGCCUUUUUUUCUUCUUCUUCUUCUUCUUUGAUAGUGAUUGCCAACACUGAUGUAAUUAGCAUGUCAGUCGAUGGUUAGGAUGGCAACUCCUAACUUGUGCCGACAAACCAAAGCCAAUUCUUCAACGUCAAUGCCUGUGAAAAGAAUCUGUGAUGUUCAUUUCAUCUUUCGACCCUGAGACGUGUUUGUGUGUGCCAGACUACCUCUCUUUACUCCAGGCACUGAAUCCGUGUUAAUUCACUGGAAAAGAUCGAUUUGAUUCUAUCUUCAUCUACUGUUAAUACAGAUGUACCUUAAUAAAUAGUUUUUAAACAUCUACACAGCAACACAUUAUACCCACUUCUGAAGUAUCACUGUUACAGUAGGUCACACCAUGUUAAUGUAACAUCACAUUUACUAAAUAUACAGUCUGUCAAUUGGAAACCCUUAUCUGCUUGUUAUUAAUUAUGGAAAUUCUCACAUGAUGCAGGGAGUCUCUAAUGUCUCUUACUUGCAGCAUUAGAUGAGGAUUUUUUUUGUCAAGCAAACAUACAGUGCAGUGAGAUCCAGUUACUUAUUUUACUGCACUGUUAUACAGUAAGUUGUUCAGAAUGAUUUCUGUUCUCAGUAAUAAUUACCAUUUCUUGUGAAAAGUGAGCGAGUAUCUGAUGCAGUUUUUGAUGGAUAAUUUUGAAUUAAUAAAAUCUGAAUUUUUGGACGUGGAUGUUCCAAGAAACACA